AUGUUCGGCCAGCGUCGCCUCCUGGCUUGGAUUCGAAAAACCGAUCCCCGACGACUUCAUCAACAACUGCAGAAUAGCGACCAACUUGCUGCAAGCAGACAUCAACAAUUACGGCAGCAGAGCCCUCGAGUUUGCACCUCGCUGGCGGAGGGGAACGCACGGCUUGGAAGUAAUACGAACACCGAUAAAGUACACCGCCGGUGGGUUCCCUUUACCGCUACCAGGUCUCUGAAGCUCAUCGAAGUCAUAGGCACAAAUUUCGUCUGCACCAUUACUGUUGUCGACAUGGAUAUCGUACCCCAGAGAUAUGUGAGGCCUGCCCGAUAUCGUAUUACGGAUGUCGCAACUUUCUACGACAUUCGCAAUGCGCUCUCUGAGAUCUGGAUGCACUGUUUGUAUGGACCACCUGAACGACAGGUUGGGUAUGCGGUUACUGGUACGUCUCCUGGUGCUCAUAACUCUGAUCUGAGAGCUUCGGAUUACUGUUGGUUGACGCUGUGGAUAGGCCUCGGUAAUUCUCUCGGUGUUUUCGUGUAUGGUCAACAUGCGUCAAUAGCAUUUGGUAUGCCAAGGACUCCUAUUUCAAUGCCACUGCCGGCUUUUGCCAUCGGAGAUGGUGAGCAGUUGGAUCCUUCUGGACGUGUAUUAAAAGAUUAUCUCCCAACUGGAUAA